UGUUAUGGAUAUGUCUUUUGGUGGCAAGUGCUAUCAAGUUUUCAGAAGGAUCAAACGAUAAACUUGCUUCUGCCCAACCUUGUCAAGGUAGUGGUGAACCCUGUAUUGAGUUUGUUACCCAACCAAGAGCUACCCUCUGUUCAGAAUACACAGACCUUCAAUUAUCUAAUGCUAGAAGAGAAUGGGUACCUCAUCCUGAACAAGAAGAAAUAGACAAUUUUGGUGACCUAUAUUUGUGGUGGAUUGAACAAGGCACAGCCCGUCGUCUGUGUUGUGAUGUCAAGAUUUCAGAGCCCCUAUUGAUUGGGACUGUAAAGUUGCAGUGGUACUACUACGAAGAGUUGGGGUCCUUUGGCUCUGCUGAUUACACUGUUAUACAGAACAACGAAGACUACGACGUGACGCAGGAAGUCAGAGAAGCAAGGAAUAGAGUUUUUGGGCAUCUUGAAAUCAAGGAUGGGACAGCGAAGAGGGAAGGCGCGUACGCGUGCCGCGUAACCGCUAACACUUUAGCACCUGCUGGUGUAAACAAUGCUCAGGCUCUCUCUAUCGGGAGGAUAUCAGAACCGAUUGUUGUCAAAGUUUACUCUGAACAGCUAGAGUUUGAAGAUGAUGAUGCUUUCCACGAUAAACACAAGGCUAAAAUGAUAGAAGAUUACGUUACAAAGAACUAUGUAGAUAUAAGCUAUAAAGUAAAGUCAGUCAACCCUAAGAGGGAGUUGAUAGUCACUGUGGAAACUGAUGAUACCAUUUUGCAGUACCUGGACAUUCGCGCGAAACAAAUGAUGUAUAUUUCUCUGUUCGGCGAUACUGACUACGAACAAGGGGUUUCUAAACAUUUCACCGUCUCCGUUUACUAUGAGGGAGAAGAAAAUAACAAAUUACAAAGAACUUGGACCGUUUCAGGACCUUAUGUGAAGGAGUUGGUCAGUACAAUAUUCCGGCCGGAUUUAGACCAAAGUAAGGAGGAAUUUGAGAAGCCCUUCUCUUACUUCGUUCUUGGAUCUUGUGAGAGCUUCGUCUACAGAGUUCACUUUGACGGCGGAGAGGAACAAGUUCUCAGUUUCAACGGGGAAUUCUCCGACACUUACAAAGAAAUCGAGUAUCAAAGUUAUACGUUGAAGUACAGAUUCAUGAACAAGUACUCCUCCGGAGAUCUACGAGAGAAGAAUGCAUUUGUAGAAUUGAGCUUAUCAAGAUCAUACUACCACAUCAACAGCAGCUAUACUGGAACCACGGAUUUGGAUAUAAACGUUGGUUGUGAGGGUGACGCCAAUAAAGAGAUUGGACCCGACAACAUCUUUUUCCUAGGACUGCCCCUGUUUCCUUCCGACAUUACUGUCCUUCGGCUAAACUGUCUCUCCUUCGACCAAUCAAGCCCGGAGUCUUACUUCGGACCUCUUACGGUGGGACGCAAAUCUCGGCAUCUCUGUUGCAAGACUCAGGGAAACCUCUACUCAAAUACUUAUCUCUGGUUUAACGGUGAAAUUGUUCAACCCGAUGAUCUUCAAGUUGUUCAACCUGGAAACGCUGAAAGAGAAGCAAUAAAAGACCUAGCAAUAAGACCCCUGUACGACGACGAGGCUGGUGAUGAUGUAAAGCGUUACACCUGGUUUCAGGAAACUGUUGGUUAUUAUCAGUGUUUUGUGGGCACGUACACUUAUGAGAUAGGAACUGGAGAUAAGCAACCCCGGUAUCCGGUUGUAAAACACAGAAACUACAAGAUGGGUUUCCAGAUAUCUCCAGAUUUCUUUCAUAAACAGUUGACUAUCGAUCUAACGAGAACAGAAAGCUUUAUACCCAGCCUCAUUCAGAAAGACCUGGCCCCACUCAUAAGACCUUCGCGGAAUGCUUAUACAGAAGGGGGUACGAAUGUUACCGCUUAUCAGAUCACCAAUCAGCUGGAGAAAGAGCUGACCGUAGUAAAAGGCAGCUGCGUAGGCUUGGUCGCCAUGGGGGUCGUCUUCCCGCAUGAGAAGAUAUCAUGGGAUGCAACAACCGGAACCAGCUCUGGAUCAAUGCUGUUCAGUAAUCGUGAGUGCAGUGAAACUUACGUGGGGGAGACUAUUCUCAAUACUAGCGAUGAUUACAAAUCCUUGAACCCAUCCUUUAAAUAUAGUUACGAUCCCUACGAUAAAGUUACCAUAGAAUCCCAAGUUUACGUGGGUUUCAUUAAUGAUGAGCAGAUUAUUGUGACAGUCAGUAUGGGAGGCGAUGACUCCAGGAAGAGAAAUGUUCAGAAGGAGUAUACCAUAACUAUCAAAGCUGUGGCCCCCUUUCUGGAUUUUCCGAAACUGCAGCAAGCCCCUGAUUUUAAUAGUGUAACCUGCACUGUCAAAGGUUACCCAAUAGAAAGUGUUACUAUAACUGCUAUCGAUAAAAAGAAGGCGACGACGGUUAUAGGCACUUAUGAUGUGAGGACAGAUGAAAAGGAAGAAAACGAAGUAGUUUUGUCCGCUUCAUUGAAAGAUAAUCUGAAGAAAGCGAAAUGUACAGCCUCCAACAGCCUAAUAGAACCAAGAAACCGAACUUCUCCUAUCACAGAACUCGCCUGGCCCAAGACAUCAUCUGGAAUGACUCUAAUUGUAGCGGCUGUUAUUGGAAUAGCACUUCUCGUUCUUAUAAUAUGGAUUGUUUGCGCGUGCGUUGCCAUGGCAAGACAUCCACAGACCAAGUUUGGAGAAGCUAUGUGCUGUAGAACAGGAGCUUACUCGCAGAUAGAAAAGAUCCCCAUGGACCCCUACAAGUUGGAGUACUUUACACUGAACCCAGGAGUUACCCUGGGAGGAGGUCACUUCGGUAUUGUCAGACGAGGAAACUGUACUGCCCUUAAAGAUAGGGCGGGUGAGAGAACUGAUAUCGCUAUUAAAGAGGUUAAACCCUGUAUAGACAGGAUGAGGAGAGAGGACGAUUUGAGACGAGAACGUGACAUUAUGAUGAGGUUGAGAUCUCACAGUAACGUACUGCGAAUAUACGGUUACACGGACGAACCUGAUCAGCUGGCUUUAGUCAUUGAGUUUGCUGCGUUCGGUAGUUUGGAUAAGCUUCUUAUAGAAGCAAGAAAGAUGAAGUCAGAUGGUUAUUUAAUGCCUAAUGAGCAGAUUGAAAACCCGAUAAAAGCGUUUGAGUCUAAGCAUAUUAUAGAAUUUAGCAGGCAAAUAUCUGAUGGGAUGGACUAUGUAGGCAGAAAUCAGAUUGUACAUCGUGAUCUGGCCGCAAGGAAUGUAGUAGUGUCAGGAGACGGCGGAGAUUACGUGUUAAAGAUAACAGACUUUGGUCUGGCUAGGGAAAUAAGCGACGAUGGGUUUUAUGAACGAGUAGAAGGAAAAGAAAUCCCAAUAAAAUGGACAGCACCAGAAAGUUUAAGAGGCAACAUUUACACCUCCAAAAGCGAUGUUUGGUCGUACGGGAUCACAUUAUGGGAGAUCUGUACCUUAGGGGGCGAGCCCUACGCUGGGUACAACAAUGCAGAAACCAUGGAGAAUGUGAGAACGGGGUAUCGGUUACAAAAGCCACCCUCCUGUAACAUUGAAUUGUAUGAGCUAAUGACGAGAUGUUGGCUUGAGUCCCCUGAAGAGAGACCUACCUUCGCGCACAUAUUAACUCAGCUUACUAGCUACUCUCAAAAACCAUCAGACUAUGUCCACAUAGAGAGUCUAUACGAAACAGACCUAAACCUAACACUGCGGCUCCAGACCCUGGAACCACCUCCCACCACCACCCCAAGCAACAACCACCACCCCUCCUCGCUGCCCCACACUCCUGUACGUGAGCACGGCGGUGGUGCUGGGUCACAUGACUCUUGUAACUCUCCGCGUGAUUAUCGCCAGCCCGAUGACGGACAACCCGCCGCGGGGUCCAUGGUCGAAAAUGAGUACACGGUGGAGCCGUCUACUUUACCUCAUAAUGAAGCCGUCUGAAAGGUGUUGGAGUUAGGAAUUUACUUUGUCAAACAAAAGUUUGUCUUGUUCGCUUGUUUCAAGGGAUAAAAGGGUCCGGGUCUGGAGUUACCAUCACGUGAUCAAAAGAAGCGCCGUAUUCUAGCUGGAUAAGAUCAUCCAACGGAUUGAUAUUGUCAAACCACUGAAAUCUGAAUCUUCAUUCGAAAUGAUGUAUCAUGAAGAGAUUACUAAAGGACGAAAUGAUUUCUAGAAUAUUAGUAUUUUGUUACUUUCCUUGCUCGAGAAAUUUAGCAUCUCUUUUCGAAUAUGAUAUCCAAGUUUUGUAUAUUAUGGGGAGCUGCAAGGACUAUUAUUUUAGUGAUAAAAUUAACUGAAAAUGAUUGGUAAAACUGAGGGAACAGGAAAUUAUUUCCUGGGAGAAUUACGUCAAGAAGUUAUGAUCGAACAAGCAUGCUAGGGGUCCCGUUGUUAUGGGCGCAUUGUAAUUUAUAUUUCUCUACCAUACUUUGUACCAACAAAUAUCCAAAAAGUAAAGAAAAAAUUGUAACUCGCAGUCGUUGUAGCCCCCUCCCCAAUUUCAAUUAUGCUAUCUUGAAUUCUUCUUGAACUCUGCAAUAUUUAAAUUUACGUUUUUGAAUGAACAAUUUAUAAUGAAAUUGUAAAGUGUGGAAAUUCUUUCUGACAUUUUUACUGUACAUUUACUUUCAUGAAAAACUUUGAGGAAUAAUAAGUUUUUAUAGCAUUUUAUUUUCUUAUUAUGGUUAAAUGUCUCUAAAUGCCACAAAAUCACCUUGCUUUUUGGCAUGUUUGAUUUUUAACGCAGUUUAUAUUACAUAUUAGUUUAUCAUAUAUAAUAGUGAUUCACAAUAUUAUUUUUAAUUCUGUAGGACUGAAUCGUCCCUCCAUUCAGGACUUUGAUUGCAUCGGAGUAUGCAGUUCAAUUACAAUAUUUUAGUUCAUUGCAAAUGGCUCACGAAAAUGUUAGUAAAAUCAUCGUAUUUUACCGUAAUCAUGUAAAAUUUGCCGGCAAAACAUCGAAAAUCGGCUAGGCCGUUGAAAAGUUCACAUUUUAUACUUAUAAAACUUAUUUUUGUUUGAAAAGGAUUACCUGAUUUAAAAAUGUGUACUGAUUGUAAUUGUCUUUUAUUCUUGUUGGGGUCAGUUCUUCCGUAUCAAAAUGUGUCAUUUUUAGUGACUAAACCAUCGUUAUCAUUUCCGCAAUGAAUAUGCUUAGUUAUGAUUGUUUGAUUAUUAAUAUACUUCUUAUAUACCCAUAAUCGUCGAUAGACAGUUUUUAGUAUCGCCUCAUCUAUACUAGAGAGUAGAGAAGUGUUUGUUUUUCUUUUUAUGCUUUGAGUUCUGGCCUAUAAAAUUGAACUAGAAGUAUCGAAUCUUCAGUUUUCGAUUUUUUCAUGUAUUUUAUUUGAGUUUUUAUUCAACUGUUAGAGUUACAAGUAUGA